AUGGCGACCAUGAACCCCUUUGACCUCCUCGGCGACGACGAGGGCGACGACCCCACGCAGCUCCUGGCCAAGGCGGCCGCCCUGGCGCAGAAGGCCGAGGCCAAGAAGGCCGCCGCGCCGCCCGCCGCCGGCAAGGGCGGCGCGAAGACGGUCGCCAAUCUGCCCACCAAGCCGCCUCCGCCUGGUCAGGCUGGCAAUGACUCCCGAGGUGGUGGUCCACCCUCUCGUGGAGGAUAUGGUCGCGGUGAACGUGGCUCAGGCAGAGGUGGCCGAGGAGGGUACGGUCAGAAUCGCGACUACGGCAGUGAAGACACAAAUGGCUACAGGGGAGGUUAUGGUGCCAGAACUGGAGGUGAGGAAGGCGCCCAGGACAGAGAGAGGGCCCCUCGGCAACCCUACCAGGGGGGAGGCCGUCGUGGUGGGUAUCGUGAAGGCGAGUUUGGUGAUGAUUCUGAGAGGCCACCUCGAAGGAACUAUGAGCGCCAUAGCGGCACAGGCCGUGGGUAUGAGAUAAAACGCGAGGGUGCUGGCCGUGGGAACUGGGGAACUACCUCUGAUGAAUUUGUCGCCCGGGAAACUGAGGCCCUGAAGCAGGAUGAGAAGGCCCCUGCACCUGAGAAGCAGGGCGCACCGGAGGAUGCACCACAGGCAGAUGAGAACAAGCCCACCAAAGAUGGCGCCACAGUUGUGGAAGAAGAAAAGGAAGAGGAUAAUGAGAUGACUCUUGAUGAAUUUGAGAAAGUAAUGGAGGAGAAGAGGAAAGCACUUGCUGCUUUGAAGAAGUCUGAAGAGAGGAAGGUUGAAAUUGAUAAGGAUCUGCAGGCUAUGCAACUACUUUCCACCAAGAAAGGAAAUGAUGAAGUUUUCAUCAAACUGGGUGCUGAUAAGGAGGCUUUGAAGAAGAAAGAGAAUGCUGAACGUGAAGAGCGUGCUAAGAAGUCUGUGAGCAUCAAUGAGUUCCUGAAGCCUGCUGAAGGAGAGAGGUUCUAUGGUGGCCGUGGCCGUGGCGGCAGGGGCCGUGGAGACCGCGGAGGCUUCAGAGGCGGAUUUGGUGGUGGGGGCUAUCACGGCCCACCCCCUGCUCCGGCAAUUCAGGACCAGAACCAGUUCCCAACCCUCGGUGGGAAGUUUCUAAUGUCCUCUGAUGCGAGUGAUCCAUCAGAUAUGGCUAGUGCUGCAUACAGUGCAAGUGAUAAUAUGGGGACAGCUAGGCAUCGGUUGGCUUGCGAGUCAUCAGAUUGCGCCGCGUCGCAGUGGCACAAGGUGCCCAAGAGCGGGCUCUGGGCGCAGUCCCUCUCGCCGUACGACCACCGGAUCCUCGACUUCCGGAUGCCCGCGGACCCUUCGAGAUCCGUUGUGGUGUCCACGGAGGAAGAGUUCUUGCUCCACAGGGUGGUGUUCCUGGUGUUGGGGAUGGUGCUGAUGGCUCUGGCGCACACGCUUAGCCAGUCACUGGUGUUCUACUAUGGUGGCGCCAUGACGAUCGGCAUUUUCCUUGUGGUGCUGAUUAUACUCUUUCAGGGAAUGAAGCUUUUGCCUACUGGCAGAAAGAGUUCGCUUGCUAUUUUCGCGUACUCUUCAGUUGUUGGCAUGACAACAUAUUUUCUGCACUAUUUGUCGGGACUGCUGCGUUCAAUUCUUGUGGAAAUGGGAAUCGCUGAAGACAUGCAUAAUCCUCUAGGUAUAUUCCUUCUCGUUUGCGUCAUCCUAGCUGGAGCCUGGUUUGGUUUCUGGGGUGUCCGUAAACUUGUUCUAACGGAAGAAGGAUCUGUUGAUGCUGGCGUGGCCUAUUUUGUCGGGUGGGCUAUCUUGAUUGUUUCUGCUGUCUUGAUCCUCCAGAGUUCUCUGGACUAUCUCCUUGCAUUUGCAGCUUUAGUCUUUUGCAUAAUCAUCAAGACAGUUUCAAGGAUUGAAGGGAUGCCACGACUUAUACGCCAUUUAUCAAGUGGAGUUUCCAAGGGAAUCACACGUGGCCUCUCCCAUUAUGAAGAUUUGGGAGGGUAUUCCAACACGAAUGGAACUCACCAAGAUGGGUUCAGCAAGCUUCAUGGUGAAUACCUGAAACAUACACCAAGAAGAAAUUCACCUCUUUCAGGCUCACAGAAGAAAACAACGUCACAAGUUCUUGAUAGGGACAGCUACUAUUCGACCUACCACACUACCCCAGAGAGGAGAAAGUUUACGAAAGAGGAAUACGAAGCAUUCACCAAAGAAGAGACAAGAAAGGGUAUGCAACAGUUACUCUCCUCGCCGGAUUUCAACAGGUGGGCGCUUGCCAAUGCGGACAGGAUAUCAGUGACUCCAGCAGGACGCAGCAGCAGCAGCCAGGAGCGACAUCGUUUCUUUGGACUGUUUUAA